AUGCGCUUAGUCUUCGCGACUAGUUUUAUGCCGUCUGUCGUGUGCCUGGCUCUCACGCUGCUCGUGUACAGCACACUGCCUUACCUCAGGAACGUCCACGGCUACUACGUCAUGUGCUAUGUGGCCUGCCAGUUCGUGUCGUACUUCUGCCAUGCAAUCCAAGCAAUGACAAUCGACGACAUAAACAGCCCGUUGUGCAUUCCAUUCGGUUAUUUUACUUUAUUUACAUAUUUGACAUCAUAUUGCUGGGUAAACGUAAUAUGCUUCGAUAUUUACUGGAUGUUAAGGUACAACAAUUCAAUAAACAGAAAUACAUCAAUAUCAGUAAGUACAGUUAUGUGCCAUAUUUACUGUUGGGGAUUUUCAAUUGUUUGGGUAUGUACUGGUUAUUUAUUUCAACAUUCACAACACAAAACGCUACUGAAAUUAGCACCCGAUAUUGGUUACCGUAGUUGCUGGUUUUUUGAAUACAAUGGCAACGGAAUAUUAAUUUUCUACCUGAUACCCUCCUGUGUUAUGCUGACCGUCAAUUUAAUUUUGUUCUUUCUAAUUACUAUUCAUUCUUCAAGAAUUAAAUCUGAACUAAAUGAAUUCCAACAAACUGAUAGUCCAAAAAUAGAAAUUUUUUUUGUUUACAAAUCAGAGAAAUUGGAAAUGAGCAUCAAACUAUUUCUGCUUAUGGGAAUCCCAUACUUAUUAAGGACCUUACAGAUUAUAUUCCGAAUUCAUUGGAUCAUAUUUGACUUUUUUCGUAUAAUUAACAGACUACAUGGAGUAUUGAUAUUUAUCAUAUUUGUGGCCAAGCGCAAAGUUAUUUUAGACUUACGGAAUAAGUUUAGAGGUUCGAUGAAUCAGAGUGAAUCGACAUAA